AUGGGUGACCCACAAACGUACUUUGAAGAACAUGCAACUUGGUCAUUGAUUUCUUUCUUGCAAUACAGACGACAGUAUGCAAAAGAUUUCACAAGAGAUAAACUUAACGAACAUAGGACAUAUACGAAAGGACUUGAAAGAAUUAUUUCAAAUAAUGAAUCAAAAGAAAAAUGUGCUCAAGCUCAAAAAUGUCUUAACGAAUUUAAUGUACGUGUUGCUUAUGUAAAUAUUUAUCAAUUAACUGAGAUAGAAGCCCCGAGUAGCUGGCUGACUACGUCUCGGCCAGUGACAGUGAACCACGCCUUCCCUCGGGGAAUAGACUACGCCUCUAUUUCCAUGUUGCAACUAGGAACUACGUCUUUCUGGUUACUAAUAUAUUCUCUGCUUUGUAAGGACGAGAAAUCAUCCCAUGAAGUAGACGCUUUUUGGAUGUCGGACUCGAUAAAACUUACCAAGUUAAGCUAUGCAAAAUCUGCGUUGGAUAAAACCAUUGAAGAAACAAAGGAAAUACGUUCGAUUGUGUCUGAUGAAACGAUAUUCACAUUGAGAGACGAUAAUGCUUUUCUAUAUGUUAAUACUCCUGAAUCGAAGCGAGUACUAGAUCGAGAUUGUGAAAGCGACGAAAAGCCAAGAAAGCGCACAAAGACCGAAGAUGAUGACUAUUAUGAUGACGAAUCAGAAAGUGAUGAAAGUGACGAUGAAUGUGGCUUAAGGCUAAAUGUGGAAGAAAUGGGAUUUGACGAGUACGUUGAUCGAAAUGAUAUACCUUCAUAUCGAUCCAAAGUGUUAGCUCAUGCGCAAAAUUCUGAUCUGAUAAUGACGAAAAAUUAUCACGAAAUAUUGAGUCUAUCCCAUAUUCUUUUAUUACAAAUGGAUAAUUAUUCGGAAAUGCAAGUAAAAACGUUCUCUAGGGAAACACUCGAAGAUCUCAGAAAGGAUAUUAAAUCAAAGUUAAUCGGAAAAGAAAAAGUAACAAGGGACAUAAAAUCAAUCCUACAAGAGUACAUUGUGGUUGCUCUUGAUGAUAAUGAUGGUGGAUUACACAAACUUCGCGAAACCAUCACUGAAUCUUUUUCGAAAAAAUUUAAUUCAACAGCAGAGAAAGAAUUUCUUCGACGAAUGAAGUUUCUCUUUGAACAUCU